AUGUUUGGGAUUCAGGAAAAUAUACCAAGAGGUGGGACGACCAUGAAAGAAGAACCGCUGGGCAGUGGGAUGAAUCCCGUCCGCUCAUGGAUGCAUACUGCUGGGGUAGUGGAUGCUAACACGGCCGCCCAAAGCGGCGUGGGGCUGGCUCGGGCACAUUUCGAGAAACAGCCGCCUUCCAAUCUCAGAAAAUCCAAUUUUUUCCACUUCGUCUUAGCUCUGUACGACAGGCAGGGGCAGCCAGUGGAGAUUGAGAGAACAGCUUUUGUGGACUUUGUGGAGAAAGAGAAAGAGCCAAACAAUGAAAAAACUAACAAUGGAAUUCAUUAUAAACUUCAGUUAUUGUAUAGCAAUGGAGUUAGGACAGAGCAGGACCUGUAUGUUCGUCUAAUAGACUCAAUGACCAAACAGGCCAUCGUCUACGAAGGGCAAGACAAGAACCCCGAGAUGUGCCGGGUCCUGCUGACACACGAGAUCAUGUGCAGCCGAUGCUGUGACAAGAAAAGUUGUGGCAACAGAAACGAAACACCCUCAGACCCCGUUAUCAUUGACAGAUUCUUUCUAAAGUUUUUCCUCAAGUGCAAUCAGAACUGUUUGAAGAAUGCAGGCAACCCGCGAGACAUGCGAAGAUUCCAGGUUGUUGUAUCAACAACAGUCAAUGUGGAUGGCCACGUGCUGGCUGUCUCAGACAACAUGUUUGUACACAACAAUUCCAAACACGGGAGGCGGGCUCGCCGCCUUGACCCCUCAGAAGGUACGGCCCCUUCUUAUCUGGAAAAUGCAGCUACUCCGUGCAUAAAGGCCAUCAGUCCUAGUGAAGGCUGGACUACUGGUGGGGCUACUGUCAUCAUAAUCGGAGACAACUUCUUUGAUGGCUUACAAGUCGUAUUUGGAACUAUGUUGGUCUGGAGUGAGCUGAUAACACCCCACGCCAUCAGAGUUCAAACACCGCCACGGCACAUUCCAGGAGUUGUUGAAGUAACUCUCUCCUACAAAUCCAAACAGUUCUGCAAAGGUGCUCCCGGCCGAUUCGUCUACACUGCACUUAAUGAACCAACCAUAGAUUAUGGCUUUCAGAGGUUGCAGAAAGUUAUUCCACGACAUCCAGGUGAUCCUGAAAGGUUACCAAAGGAAGUAUUACUUAAGAGAGCAGCAGACCUUGUUGAAGCCCUAUAUGGGAUGCCCCAUAACAACCAGGAAAUAAUCCUGAAACGAGCAGCUGACAUUGCUGAAGCGUUAUACAGUGUGCCACGCAAUCACAACCAGAUCCCCACUCUAGCCAACACUCCUGCUCACACUGGCAUGAUGGGAGUGAACUCCUUCAGCAGCCAGCUCGCCGUUAAUGUUUCCGAAACAUCACAAGCGAACGACCAAGGUUACAGUCGCAACACAAGCAGUGUUUCCCCGCGAGGAUAUGUUCCCAGCAGUACUCCUCAGCAGUCCAAUUACAACACAGUCAGCAAUAGCAUGAAUGGAUAUGGCAAUGCCGGCAUGCCCAAUCUAGGUGUACCAGGUUCCCCUGGAUUUCUUAAUGGCUCCUCAGCUAACUCUCCUUAUGGCAUAGUGCCGUCAAGCCCUACCAUGGCAGCCUCUUCGGUCACCCUCCCUUCAAACUGUAGCAGUACACACGGCAUUUUCUCAUUCUCACCUGCCAAUGUCAUCUCUGCAGUGAAACAAAAGAGCGCCUUUGCUCCCGUUGUCAGGCCCCAAGCCUCUCCUCCACCAUCUUGCACCAGUGCAAAUGGAAAUGGACUUCAAGCUAUGUCUGGGCUUGUAGUCCCGCCAAUGUAAAGUCACUUUUGUUUACCUACCGUAGCACCAAGCUUCAGAGGAUGGGCUUAGGGGACAAGUUUAGUAUAUUAAGACAUGCUGAUGGAAACAGUAUCUUC